AUUGUACCCUGUGCUGUGUGGUCAGGUUAACUGCUGCUGCUGGUUUUCUUUUAAUUCAAAGUCAAGUGUAGUUUUUAAACGAGUCACAUCUCAGGAGAGCAGAGCCGCUGACCAAAACUUCUGAACCCGAACAAGAGCUCAGAUUGUCGGAUAUACAGACCUCUGGGGAGUCGGUGAAAUCCAGCGUGGAGCGGAGACAUCAGCGUGUAUUUAGUGCCAUGUUUUUCUAACGUUACACGGAUUAGUGGAUGAAGCCCACACCUGCAGGUAAGCUGCUUUUAAUGAUUCUCAACAGGGCACUUCACAUUCCUGCGCCAGCUCCACCCGGAGGCAAACAUUUCUCCAGCCUUGGCACGUUUUAAACACAUUUUUCUUAAUUUUUUUGCUGAAAUGCAGAUAAAAACAAAUUUAAUCCACCUGACCCUGUAGUAACGGUCUACCUGAACAGAAAAUGUAAAUGCAAACCGAGGCAACUUGAUCUGCCCUUCUGCUCUGUGGAGAGAAAGGUGGCCCUCCUGUGUGGUAAGCGGAGAGCACCAGCACCAAACUCCUACUAUAAAUGUUAAAGAAUUUACUCUGUACAUAUUAACAGACUGAUACGAGCAAAAUAAGAGAGUAGAUCCGAGUAUCGGAAUCACAUCUUCAAUUCGGCUUCCAAUGUAAACACUAAAGUCUGCUGUUUGGACUAAAAUUGAACUUUUAUUACCUGUCCUCCUGUUAUUUCUUGCGGCUUCAGAAAGGGACCGUAGCGGUAGGCAGCAGCAUGUUUUUUGAACUGUUACACAAACAUUGUUAAAAUUUUAUUAAAAGUGUGUGUUUAAUCAUGAACAAAAGGAAUGCCGUAACAACAAAUACAACUCUGAGAAGCUUAUUAAGAGUUAUUUAAUAAUUCAGCAAACAUCUGUAGAUAUCUUUGCUCGUGUUUAUCAAAAAGUGGCAGGAUUUUAAACGGGGUUUGGUCAAUGUUUAUGUGAGUGAGACAAAUGAAGGUGAAGGGCAGCUCCACGUUUCGCAUAGUGACCCCCCCAUGAUGUAACUGAAAGAAAAUCCCCUGAAUUUAUCCUGAAAGAUUGAAAACCCAGACUCGAUCUCAUGGUUAACUGUGUUGCCCAGGUGGGUGUGAGGCAGCACGGGCAACAGGCGGUCUGUCCCGGGCUGUGUGUCCGCGGCUGCCCGGUGCGUCGGAGCCUUUUGUUUGGCUUGGCCUGAUAGGAGCUCGGUUGCCAGGGAUGAUAGAGAUAUCACAGCUCGGUAUUGUUCCAGCAGGGUUACCGGAAGGUCUCCACGGCAGCGUUUUAUCUCCUUUUGUCUUUGUCAAACAAACGGAUCCUGUUGCCUUUGACUUCAGCUGUCAGGUUGAUUGAAAACCUGAAGAUAGUCUGGUUUAUUCCUCUGGAUCCAGCCUAACAUUAAUGAAUAUUUCACAUUAUAUACAGUAAAGGUGGUCUUUGUGAUCCUGAGAGGCAGGUGUGAAUGGUUAACAGAUGUUAAUGUGCUGCAGCAGCUCAUUAUGGGCCCCCCUGUGACCUGAGCAGGUAAUUGGUGCUGAGAGGGGAGCAGGUCUCUGCUGAGAUAACCGGGUCAGGCGGUACAUUAGCUCUAUACUGAGCAGCACCUCAGUUUGGGCCUAAUGGGAGGUAUUCAAGUCACAGAAAUAGUCUAUUAUUGGUUUUGAAUAGUUGAUUUUAGUGCUUAGAGAAAACCCCACUGGUUAAAGAGAUCAAACCUCUUAAAACUUACAGUUAUAAAAGUUUUUACCGCCUCUAAAUGUGUUCCAAUCUUGACCCAAACAAAGACGGCAGCCAGAAAUCAAGAGCGCUUUAUUGUAAAGUAGCUUGUGCUACUGCAGGGUUUCAGCAAAUAUUUACUUUAAGAUGGUAACAUAUGAGGAUAUCAAAGUAAAUGUGAAGAUAUUACGAUAUUUUCUGUGUUUUUGACAACCUCACCGUCAUUGUUUGGGUAAAAAAAUGAACACAAGUCUUUCUGCUGAAGUUCUGUUGAUGUUGUCUGAAGUGUUUGUUAUAAAUAUCCUGGACUUGAUUGGGUGUGCAUUUCGUUCCUUUUUACCACCUUGUUGGUGUUUUGCUCUAGAGGUCAAAGGUCGUCGGGCUCAUGCGCUGAUGUUGAACACUUGUAGACCUUUGAGCUGCGUGUUGUGUAAUCGGAGCUGUUUUUUUUUAAGCUUUCAGUCGGUUUAAAGCUUCUCGUCAGAUAAUGAAGAUUAAAGUCCAGCUGCUCUUCGAUCUGUGGGAAACAUCCUCCAGCUGCUGAUCUCCUGGGGGACUCUGAGGGGACUAUUUCUGGAUGUUUCCCAGGACUCCAGGUCUCUGAUGGGUCUGUUUUAGAUGUGAAAGUAUCUGGAGGGGAAAUGUUAAAUCACUGUUUUCAUUUUAAGAAGAAAACAACCGUCAAUAUUAGUUGUUAAAACGUCUCUUUUUCAUACCACUACUCUCUGUGUUUACUAUAAUACUGCCACUAGUCACACUAUUCUUCAUAAUCUUCAUCAUUUAUUUCUAUUUUAGAUGUUUUUAAAGUUAAAUUUUUCAUUCAACAACAAAAAUACUGUCCGUCACAGGUUGUUGUCGAUGUCUGAUGGUUGUCAGGUGUCUCCUGGGAGCCCGUCUUGUCUAUUCGAGUGUCUGUGUAUGUGUGCCAUCGGUUGCCACAACGACGGGGUGAGGUAACCAUACCUGCCAGGUGCUCUUUGAUGUGUCUUAGUAGCCGUGGAGGAUUCUGGGAAUGAAACUGGAGCCGAUCAUCAGCUGUAUUGUUUUCUUUUAGGGAGAUGGACGAAUCGAGUUUCAGGACACGGUGUGGUUUGAUGAUGCGUUACCAGGUGAACUCACACCUGGUCAGUUGGAGACAUUGUUACAGACAGACCUGCGUACACCUGAGCAGUUAGGAGAGCCGUGAUUGGUUGGCUUUUCUCGAGUUUUCCGGCUGUAUAUAGAAACCUGUUUGUUGACUGUGAUUUAAAGCUGUUUAUCGUGUCGUACAGAGAUGAUGUUAACAGAGAAUUACCGUUAUUAUUUGCUGUUACCAUUUCUAAAUAGUUAUUUGCUCUGAAUGUUGGAGAAAACAAGACAUAGUUCAGUGGACAAACCUUGACUCUGCUCAAACAGGAGAUGAUGGGGUCAGUGUUUGAUGACCGUCUGUGGUCGCCUCUCUCUCUCUCUCUCUCUGGUUUGGCGUGCGGUCGAGCAGACUGAUAAUCCCCUGUGUUGUUUUAUUCAGGAGGUCGGGCUGACUGUUAUCUCUCUCUUUCUGCUGUUUCUAAUCUUUACUCUGACUUUGGAAUUUCCUGCUGCUCUUUAGGAAACCAACCAAACAACCAAACAUUGGAGCAUGGACAGAUUCAGUUUACAAACACGUGUUUCCAUAAAAAAACAGCAUUUACCAGAAUCAGCAUAGUCAGAAUUUGUCUUUUUUUUACUGUAACUACCAGCCAUGGUGCUGUCAGACUAAUUCACCCUCGUAUAAAUGGGUCUGAAACGGCUCAAUUCGAUGCAUUUUUCUACCGGUCGAAUACAUAGGUUCAAACCAAUCAGAUUAACAUGAUGUGAUGGAGCGCCAAGCAACAGUAUUGUAAACAGACAGAGGCGUGCCAAAGAGAGAAACACCUUUUCUCACCAAUGGCACAGGCAGUGGAGGAGAAUAUGUGUAGGUAAUACUGAGCGUCCUCACGUCUUGGUUACAGCCUGUGAGUGGGACAUAUGAAGCUCCAAUAUGCAUCAGUAUUGUAAAGGUGUAUAAAUUGGCAAUAUAUCUCCUAUGAUUAUGGCAUAUUCAGCUCAAACUGUUGUUGGUUGUCGUUUUGCUCUGCUGUUUUCAUCUAUCGAUAUCAAAUUUCCCUCCAGGGAUAAAUAAAGAUCUUCUUAUCUUAUCUGUCAAUAAAGCUCCUCACUUCUUAUUUACAUAAAAUACCUAGAGUGAACAGUCUGUUCCAAAGGGAGUUCCCCCUGAGCUCAGAGUUUAUCUCACUUCCUGCAGAUCACCUGAAGUUCACCUGUACCACACCUGAACCCACCCUGCUGACUCUGAGUUUGCAUCCUGAGCUGCAGACCGAAGGUUGUUAUAAACGUUUUUACCUCCUGACAAGAAGACAAGAGAAAAAAAGUUCAACCUGAGCUGAGAAGACAGUCCCAGAUCUAUGUCCAACAGGCUCAGAUCCAUGCCUGACAGUCUCAAAUCUGGGUUUAAUGAUCUCAGAUCUGACUGUUUAAGAUCUAUGUCCGACCUUUCAGGACGGUUCCGUGCAGGUUGUUCUGAACUCUGUCGUAUAAAGCCGCUUUAACCCCCCCGUCAGCGCCUCUCUAAGCCCCGCCUCCUGCCCCUCCCCCACCUGUCAGUAAUGACUCAUUAAUUAGAGGCUUAAACUCCUCAACAACAAGCUGCUGCAACAAAUCUGUAGACCUGCAGAGUCCAGGAUCCUCAGUAAUCCCCCACACAUGAGGCGCAGAGAGUUUACCUGAGAGUCGGUCUGAGCGAGAUUCACCGACAACACUGCUCACCUGUGGACAACCUGGACAGGUAGGAGCUUUGGUCUGUGCAGCUGAAUGUGACUGGAGGGCUACUUAUUGAAAAUGCAGGAAUUUCUAGUUGAAAAAUAUCAAAUAAGCAUGCAAGGUCAUGUAUUUUGACUAGAUGAGACCAUUUUCUGUGGUUUUAAAGCGACAGAGACUGUCAAAAACAUCAGAGUUAAAUCCUACAUCAUCUUUUGCGGUAACGACAUAUCAAAUCAGAAGAGAAUCUGUGGAUUUUGUGACAAUAAAUGCAUAUGAUUGUAGACGUUUGUCAGAAAUAAGAUCGAAAUGUCCAAAAAAUGAGGUGACAAAAGUAAGAAGAAUCUAACUUUGGGAAAGGACCUGAGGAAGAAAGUUUCAGCUGCCAGAAAUCUCAGCUUGCAGAGGCUCUCUCAGGUGAGCUCAGGUGUGUGUGUUGUAGAAGUGGGUCAGGAUGUUUCAGCAGAUCCCGAAUCAGGCGGUCAAGCCCCCCCUACAGGGAGCGAGUCCAGAUAUAGAGGCUUUUAGGAGGCGUGCUGCGGAGUGUUUCAUCUGAACUGUUUCUAUAAAUGUACCUGCUGCUGUUUGCUUUAAUGGAGUGUUUUUUUAGAGAGGAGUGGAGAGGAGCGUAUUAAAAAAAUACAGGUCGACUCAUCAUUCGGGCUUUUCGGUCUGUUAUUAAUAGAAGCAGAAGUGCAUCUUCAGCCCCAGAGUAAAGGCGACUUGAAUCAAGAAAGGCACAAGAGAGACUUUGGUAUGAGAGUGGGUUAGGUCUGUAGUCUGAGUGUUUUUGACCAAUCAGGAGGAACACAGUCCAAAAAGGAGUUUAAGAGCUGGUCUCCUCUCCUCUUGAGGACAGACCUGACAAAGCUCGACUUUUUACUGCAUCAUGAUGUUAUUUCAGCAAACUGAACAUCAGUUUCGGGUUCAAACUGCUGAAAUAAACCAGACUACUCCAUAACUUACUAUUUACAGUGAAACUGAGACUCACUAAGUUUUUUGUUACUUCUAACUUUUCAGUGGAAAAUACUGACCGGUUAGCCGUCGUUCCCUUUGUUCCCCAAAGACCCUCAGAUCUCUAAAUAAUAUAUUCUUUCCAGCUUAUUUUUAUUUGACCGAGCAACUUUUCAAAUAUAGACUGUCUUGUAAAAUGAAGAUAUUGAGCUGUGAUUAUUAUUUCCCAGUCUCAUAGAGCUGAUCACAUGUAGAUGACUUUGUCCUACUUUGUGAGAAUCCUGCUCCACACGUGUCCUAUUUUCCAAUAAUAAAAAAGAUGCCGGGUUUUCUCUGAGUAGGUGUUUCACACAGAGCUGAGGAUCAUCCUCCGGACAGAGUUCACAUCCACCUCUCUGUGACGUCUCGGCUCGCUCUGAACCUCUCCGAGUUAUUUUUAGUUUUACGGUUCUCACUCUGGAUGUGAAUCAGUCGGUUGUAAACUCUCUGAUCUGAAGUUUGGCUCCUCGCCCGCUCUCGUACUGACUCAUGAACUGUGUCGAUCAAUGAUGUGCAGAUUUACUCUCUUUAUUCGUCUGCUCUUCUUCCAUCUGAGGCAACAUACAACCAUCACUGCACAACUCAACAAGUACAGGACAGCCCAGGUACAUAGAAAUAUCAGAUACAUAAAUUUAUUUUUAAGUUAAAGGACAGGAGAAUAAAGGGUGUGGAGAAAGCAUUAUUUAGACAUGUAUUGAGGCUUUUAUUUCAAUGAUGUUUGUCUUACUAGUACUACACAUUUGUUAUGUUCCGGCAUUGGACAAUGAAUCAUGUAGGGUCUCCCUGAGGAAAAUAAGAAAUUAUACAGAAGAAUCACAGGAAAUUAAAAAUGUAUUUGCAAAAGUUACCCAAGAAGAAUUCAUUUGAUAUGGUCUCUUGGUUUUUUUAUAUCCAUUAAUGCAUACAAGACUUGGCACUAGUGUUAUUCCAAAUUAAAAUUUGCACAUUGGUUAUUGCGUGGGAAUGUGUUUUCAGGGUUUCUACGCAAGUAUAAAAAGUAUGAAAAGUAUGGAGGUAAUUUGAUCAAUUCCCAGGUCUUAAAAAGUUUUGAAAAUGAAAAAUAAAAUAUGGAAAAAUAUUUAUGUUUCAAGACUAUUACUACAGUAAAAAAAAAAAAAGUCUUCUAAAAUAGAAAAGUAAGUAUUUCCAAAAAUAAUUUUAAAAAGUAGGGUAUGGAAAAGUAUGAAAACUCCAAAUGUGUAGGAACCCUGUUAAAAAUGUAAUUGCAAAAGUUACCCAAGAUUUCUUUUUUAACUUUUUUACACUGUUUACAAAAAUAUUAAGUUAUUUAAAUCAUAAAACAUGCAUUAUGGUCUUUUAGAUUUUCUUUCACUCAUAAAACCUGGCAUAAGUAUCAUUUUACAUGAAAGUUCUACACUUUUUAUUGCACAUGAAACUACACAUGUGAGCAUUUUUGUAUUUGGGUGCACAUGAGAAUUGCGUAUGUAAUUGUGCAUAAAAGUUAUGUACACGUGUCAUUGUGCAUGGGAUUUUCGCUUGUUUAGAUGAAAAUUUUGCACCUUUUAAUGCGCAUGAAAACUAUUUGCAGCUUUAAUUGCAUAUAACAAUUUUGCACAGAAACAUAUUUAACUUUUUUUAUUCCUGUUUUAGUGCACAGGAAAGCUGCACAUGCUGUUGCAUAUCAAAGUUAUGCGAAUUUGUCUCAUACAAAUGACUAUUUUGCACAUUUCUUACUGCAUGUGCAUAUUCAUCAUUGAACAUGAAAUUGUGUACAUUAUUGACACACUUUUGUCUGUUAUUUGUGCACGUCCUGAAUCAGUUCUUCUGUAAAAUUCCUCGGAUUGUCAUGGUAGUUAAGAGGUCCAGAGACCCUGAGCAGUAAUGAAGCCAUCAGCAGGUCCAGGAUUAUUCUGGAUUAUCAUUAACCUGCUUACACGCGCAGUGAGAGUCCCUCUGAGACCCCCUCUGUCUUUACAGGCAGACUGGAGGAUCAUGGGAAAUAUGGCUGACUCUGUAGUUUCGGUGCGAGAUGAGAUGAGGAACUUUGCACGGGUGAAUCUGGAGUCACAGUUGAAGGAUUAGAGUCGAUCUCAGAGUCAGUGAUGGAUUAAACGCAGCAGAGGUGACAAAUCUGUAAACUCUCUAAUCUGAAGAAAUCAAAGUUUAACAGCUGAAACCGACCUCAUGACGGAUUAAAGUGAGUACAACACUUCUGAUGCAGAACAGGGUAAAAGCAGUCACACUUUGAAUCAGUGUGUUUUUCCAGUAUAACCUCCUGUCCUCUGUCACAGCUAAGUUUCCUCUCUGCGUAUUGGUUCAGCGUACUGUCCUCUCUCUGUAUCUGUGUCUGUCUGCUGUGCAGGAUGUAGGUUACAGUGAGAUAAAUGAGUCUGUGCUCCCUGCAGAGCUCUGUGGCCUCGAUCCUGACGGUGAAUCAGAGGACGAUUAAUCAAUGGUCACAGUGAAGCUGCUCUCAUUAUCAGGCCGGAUCACAUGAUUUAUACGAUCAUUACAUCAGAUCAGAUCAGAGGUCUGCUGCAGGAAAUAAAGCGGCUCACCCUGAAAACUGACCCGUUUCUGCUUUCAGUGAAGAUUUCUGCUCCGUCAUAACUUCAGAGGGAAUGUGUUGAAAUGCAGGUGAGGGAAAAUGUGAAUGGAGUAGGUGUGCUCUGCUCCUCAUGGAAGGGCACAGAGUCAUACCAUCAAAUAUCACUUACUGUAUGAAAAUAUUGAUGAUCUUAAAAUGAAGAGGUCCUGACUAAACUUUGAUUUAAAGGAAAACAUCAAAUGGAGUUAAAAAAAUCUGAGUUUUGGCAGUAUCAAAUGGAGUUGAUUUUUGGUUCUAAUUCAGACAAACAUUGACUUCUUUAAAUCAGAGAAAAAAAUGGAUUUUUGCUUUUUAAAUGUAAAAUUCUGACAUUUAUUUCAGGGAAUAAACUUUUAAUAAUGAUGUUAGAAUCAGGUGAACAUGGAUAAAAUAAAAAUGUAAACAAACACUCGUCUGUGUUUGUUGUGGAUUUAUUUCAGGAUCCUUUAUUCAGAGGAAGGCAGGGAUUAGGUUUGUCCUGUGUGUGUGUGUGCGCAUGUGUAUGUGUGUGUCUGUGUGUGUAUGUGUGUGUAGUCCACAUGGAUGUAAAUCUUCUUACCAAUCCUCUUUACUUUCCUCUGUUGGACUCUCUCAGACUGUGUCUUUGUUUCUGGUCGUCUGAUGACGCUUUAAACUCCCUUCACAUUCACUUCUUUCAUAUGUGUGUAAAAUUCCUGUAAACUUCUAAGUUACCUGAAUAUUAACCACGAGCGUCCUGCUGUAGUUUCAGGUGAAGAAUUGAGUGAAUUUAGCAGGAAAUUGUCUCAAAAAUUCACGCUGAGUGAGCGGUGCACGUUUCAUCCCAGCGUGUUAUUAGCAGCGCUGCAUUAUGGAGGUGUAAGAGGCACAACGCUUGUAAAUGGAAAUCUGGUUCUAACUUGUUGGAGCCAUCGGCAGCUACCUUUCUGUUUAAUGGUACUUUUAUCAGUGCUCUAACUUCCACAUGCAUUACAUGAGAUAUUCAGGCAUGUAGGAAGUUGAGGAAGUAGUCAUGGUAGAAGACAGGGGUCGUCCACUUGCAAUAAAAUCCACUCGCUUCGUGAGACCAUCACCUUUCUGACUGUAAACUUUGAGUGUUUGUGUGACAUCCAGGAUUUCUUCAAAACAGCAGAGAAGAUCAGAGUAUUUGCAAUCCAGUCACUCUCAAAGUAGAGUUGUUUGUUGUUAACUGACUAGGGUGGAUGGAGGCUGCCAUCUUUGUUUUUGCUGGUUAACCAAUUAGAGGCUGUAUUUGGUGGCAGAAGAAGUAGCUGAUGAAGGCUCACUUUGCUUUGGACUGUUGUCAGAGGAGGAACAACUUCUGUUCUGUGUCAUAUAAUGCAAAUGACGUAUAUGAGGGGUGUAAAUCUCACACCUUUGAAUAGCCGUAUGUCAGAGUCACCUGAAGAAACAGGAAGUUAAACAUCGAGGUGUGUUUGACUGAUCAGUUUCCAUCAGCCUUAAUUUGUACCCUUUAUUUUUCUGCAAUCUUGAGAACUUUUCCAAAUUCUCCUGAAGUUGUUUUACUCCACUUCAAGUGUAUUUGAGAAAUUCAAACGGGCAAAUUUUAGAGGUAAAGUUGGUAAACAUGAGGCAGCACUUCCUGCUCAGUGACUCAUUGAAAGCGUGUGUAAACUGGAGUUAUUCUUUAACUGGUAAGAGCUGUUUGAUUAAACCUCACCUGAGAUCUGAGGUCGACUGCAUGAGAAGAAACAAUGGAGUCGAUACUGAGCUCAGGUUGGUUUUAUGAGGACUGGCCUGAAGUUUGAUGGUUUGUCAUCAACGAAAUUUAAUAAAGAAAAAGAUUAACCAACCAGGAAAUCACCUUUGAAUGAUGAAUAACCUUUUAAAGGUUAGAUUAAAUACCUUGAAAUACUUGACUGCUUUUAAUCGACCUUAUUCAGAAGAUACCAAAGAGCCUGAAUUGGCUUUAGCUGAGGAAAUAAAGGUGUCGCAGAAUUCGACUUUAACUUAUUCUUCAUUGAAAACAUUCAGGAGACUCUUUGCUGAAACUUUUCCACUUUUUCAGUGAAAAAGUGAUUUUCACAUCUGUUAUACCUUCCUGAAACCUCCGAGCUAAAUUUAUCUGCUAACGUGUUUAAUGGUCCGCAGAAAAUUCAACAAGUGCAUCCAAAGUGAAAGUUCAUGUGAAGUUUAAAACAGCUAAAAGAAAUAAUGACGUGGUGUCUAGCAGGAGGAUAAAGGCCACAAUGAAGGAGGAAAUAAAGGUUUUAGAGCUUUGGUUGUCAAUUUACAAGAAUAUUAAGAGAUUAAAGUCUGGAUAUAAUGAAUAUAAAGCGAUGAGAUUAGGAGAUUAUUGUCGUUAUAUAAUAAAAAUAAAGUGGCAGCAUUAAAAGAUUAGUCAGAUUUCAAUUAACUGUAAAAAUGGAAUUUAAGGAAAAUCGAAUUAAGAGAUUAAAGAUGUAAGAAAACAAAAGUGUAAAGUUGUAAUAUGACAAGUUUGUUUUAUAACCAGUUUAUCAAAUAUGUUUCUCUCCUGUGUGUUUCGGUCAUCAUGCUGUGUUGGUCCAGAGUGAACCUGAGUUUGAUCUUGUUUAGAGUUUGCAUGUUGUCCUUGCAGCCAUAUUUGGAGGACAGGGUUUAGACUCCUUGGAUUGUUUUUCCAGGUUUUCAAGGUCUUGACAUGUCAGUUUCAGGUAUCCUCCUGGUCUGCGUGUCUCUACAUGGACCAUAAUUUCUCAAACUUCUAUAUAAUCAGGCUGAUUUAAACCCCCUGCUGGACAGUGAAGAAAGUGCAGUUUUAUGAUACGAGGAAGCUGAGUCCCUUUUUAUUGAUAUUAAGGUUGGCACAGGUGUGGUUUCAGGUGCCGUGACAUCACAUCAUGGUCAAUCUGUUGUGUAAGAGUCGGCGGUUUGUUUACCGAGUGACAUCACAAGUCACAUGACCACACCUGUGUGUUAUCAGUCGGUUAUUAAACAGCAGAGAUCGGUUUGUUUAAUCACUCUGCUCUCACUACUCGCUGCAGAUGGAUGGAGGAGGUCCGGGUUACCACGGUAACCACUCACAGCCUGAUUUGGUGUGUAUCCGAGGAUGUCAAACUAACUCGCACAAACACAAACACAGAGUAAGCAAUAUGUGUUGAAAUAUGAGCUUCUCAUUAUUCAGUCUUUAAAAAAAUCAUAUUUUAAAUCUCGUUUUAUGAAAUUGAGUAUUUUAUUGUGGAAACAUUAUUGAUUUUUUUUCUACAUAUGGAACAGUAAAAGAGAGCCAUUCAGUGCUAAAAAUAAACCCGAUCAAACCAAACAUUAAACAGUAUGACUGAAUUACACACGCCUCACUUUUCCUUCAUUUUCCUGUAUUUCCUCCCCGCUGUGUCUGUUGAGGAAAAAUUCCUGUAUUGUGAGAGCGUGUUGGCAGUAAACCAGGCUCAGAUUACCCGACUCAAAGGUCGAGUGAAGUUUGCACACUGAUUAGAGCAGAAACAAAAACCCCAUCCACCGCGUAAUGAUCACAAAUAUUUCCAAUAAUCUCCUUAUCCAGGAGGAGUUUUCCUCAAACCGAGCAGAAAAGCUGAUAAUCAGCCACUGAGCUGUGGAGGUUAUGUGUUUUUUAAGUGUUUUAUGCCUCAUUUAACUAAAUAUGUUUGGGGUUUUUUUUAAUACUGAUCAGUCAUACAGGGCGUGAAAAGAAAUCACUUUGGACAGUGGAGGUAUCUCCCUUUUGCUUUUUAACUUUUUCAGGGCCCGACAGAUAUGGAUUUUUUGGGGCUGAUGUUAAUACCGAUUAUUAGGUGGGGAAAAAAAUCUGAUUACUGAUUAAUUGGCUGAUUUUUUACAAUUUUGUUAUGGCUGCUUUUGAGCCUUUCAAACACUCCUUAAAAGAACUAAAGGCAGAAAACUCAUUUCAAAUUCUUUAAAUUGCUAAAACAACUGAAAAAGAAUGAGGUAUUUUGUGUAAAUAAAAACAAAGCUAACUCACUUACAUCAUAAAAAAUGAGGAACACUCGAUAUACUGUAGGCUACUGCUCUUCACACCGACAGGAGGACUGACUGAUCAUCUCAGUAAUAUUGUAUAUAUAUAUUGUAUCGGUGACUCCGCGUCUUAACUCUGGUCUGGUCUCAUCUGGAGACAUGCAGCUGCCUCAGAAAGAGAAGUAACUCGAUCACGUCAUGUGUACUGUUGUUUAUUCUACCGUUACUGGCAAAACAUUUUUGAAGUGAAACUGAAUCUUUUUCUCAGCAUUUUAUUUCUGAAAAUAUCGGCGAGUUUUUGCCGAUUACUGAUUAGUCUCUAACAGGCUAAAAUUGGCCCUAGACUUUUUUAAGACCUUUGUUCCCCAAACAGUUUAAAACCGUUAUCUAUUUAAAGCUCCAGUGAGGAACUUUCGGUUUGUGUCAAUUUUGAGAAUAUUGAGAAUAUGGCGUCCGGGAUUUCCAAAAAGAGCGUCAAAUUUUGUUGAGUUUGAGAGUUCAGCAAGAAACUGUGUCCAUGGACAACGGUUUCAGUGCUGCCUAAGGGUCUGAAGGGUCUGUAUUAUCUGUCCAUUCAAUUAUUCCAUUCAGUCUAGUAAACAAAAAAAGAGUCAAUAUUUUGUUUUUGUUUUUUUUUUCUGUAUAACCAAAAAAUAAAACAUUUGUGUUUGUUUUCAUAUUUUCAGCUCAAAACAGAACAUAUAAUAGAGACGUGCGAACAGUAGAAAGGCACAGUCGGAAAUGGGGACAUCAAUAACCCGAAAAUGAAAAGUAGAUUUAUUAUUUUGUUUUCUUUUCAUUCUCUAUUAUAUAUUCUGUUUUGAACAACUUUGACCUGCUCAGUUGUUCCUAUUAAAAACUUUAAAAAUCAGAUAUAUUUCUCAUAAAGUAACCUUUUAUCAUCUUGUCCUGUUUGGUUGGAUUUACUGUUGAGAUCAAUUUUCUGCAGUUCCACAGGAACAGGAAGCGAGUCCAGUUCACUGAGACUCCUCCCAGAGCAAACAGCGAUAAAGAGCUGAUCUUUACUUUAACAGGAACAUCAGCCUGUACCUGGGACCUUUGACCCCUGCAGUCUGCAGUCCAUUAUCUGGAUGUUUCAGCAUCUUUACAUUCAGAUUGUGAAAGUUGUGAAUCUUGAGUUUAAAGACAGUGACAUAAUCAGAGAGGGGGCGUGGCUUCGUGAUUGUCAGCAUGUUUUAAUAGACGUGAUUGGAGGACAAAAGGCAGCUGAUUGACACAGAGAGAUAGAGUACAGUCAGCAGCUGUGUGAGGCUGAUAACCCUCAGAGCGGCGUUUUAUUUUGAAAGGUCAUCUCCAGGAAAACAACAAACAAUCACUUAUUUGUUCUCAGUCAGACUCGGUAAACAUAAACAUGAUAAGGUUAGUUUCUGUGGGAUCAUUUUCAUCAGGCCUGAGCUCGUUUCUCCCUCAGCGCCGCCUCACAGGUUUACAGUCCUCCUGCUUGUUGUCGUCAUGGUUACAGAGUCCAAAAUGGAGUCUGUGUCCCAGCUGAAUAAAACAUGGAGUCCUGGGAAAAGUAAUCACACGUGUUCGCACUGUACAUACAGGACACACACACACACACUUAGAUACACACUGAGCAUGCUCAUAAAUCACCCCGGGGACUCUUUGUGUCUGCAGCUCUUUUAAUUUCAGCCUGAUGUGACAUUUUGCUGCAGGAAGGUUUUAAUGAAGUGUUAAUGAGAUGGGAGCUGAAUGCUUGUGUGUGUGUGUGUGUGUGUGUGUGUGUGUGUGUGUGUGUGUGUGUGUGUGUGUGUGUGUGUGUGUGUGUGUGUGUGUGUGUGUGACCUUCGUCCGUGUUUCAGACACACUCGGUCGUCCUGAUGAGAUCUUUUAUAAGAAGCAGCUGAUGUUUGCAGACUCAGAGUCUAAAGUGUCUCUGUGACGACUUUAAAACUGCUGUCAGGUGUGAAAAUAAUCUUUAGGUGAUUUUUUUUACUUCCUGUGUUAAAAAGAAACUUUAGAUUAAUGUAAACCAGGAAAACUGAAACACUCUGUGAAAAAAAUCAACUUCAUUGCUGUGAUCUUUGUUCUGCAGCAGCUACAGGUUCUAUUUUGAAGAUGCACCGAGUUCAUGUUGAUGUUAAACAACUUAUGUCUAUAUUUAUCUCAGUUUUUCAUGUUUUUUGAUCUAGAAUUGUUGUUAUGAAAGAGAAAAUUAAUUAAAAAACCACUUUAUUGUCCCUGUAUAGAGCAUUUAAAGGCCUCAGAACAUCAGUGUAAGUUAUUAAGUUAUUCAAUAAAUGUAUUGAGCUGUGGAUUAAGGUGGACACUGAUCAAACUAAAGAGAACAAACAAACAAAAGUUACACUGUGUGGAUGCUGGCUGGUAUUAUGAAAAAAAUAAAGUGAUAAUAGUGUAUAAAAGCAGAGAUAAAUAAAGUGAUCAGAGUCCAUAUAAAACACUGAUACAGUUAAUAGAUCUGUAACCUGCAGACUAUCUACUGAGAAGCAAUUUGAUAAAAAAAAGAAAAAAAUUAAAAUUGAUAAUUAAUUAGAAAAAGUGUUUAACUUAUGAUUGUUUUGCCAGGUUUUUAGUUACAGGUGUUUGGUCUGUAUAUGCCCAAAUGAUAAAAAUGUUUAGAAACAUGACAUCAAUAAUGUCUUUUUCAUCAUUUUUUCUUCCAGGUGAUAAUAAUUUAAAUUUAUGAUAUUGAUCGUAUAUAUUUCAUAUGUUUUCUUCCAGGUGACUGUCCGCUGUGAGUCAGGAUGAACGGAUAUGAACCUCCAGCUCUCGCCUCGGGCAUCUUCGGCUCCUACAACUCACAGAUCAAGUCAGUGUUGAACUUUUAUUUGUACCUGUGAACCGUGUCGGCAUGACUGUAGAGAUCACAGAAGUGCUUUAAUAUUUAUUCCUGAAAAUUGUUCAAAUUUUAAUGUCUACAAAUCUCUGUGAGUCUAAUCUGAACCCGUGUUCAUAAAAGAUGAACCCCAGCUCAGGAGAGACAUGAUGAAGUGUGUAUGUGUGACUGUGUGUGUAGAGUAGACAGUGUAACCUGAGCUCCGCCCCCUCUCAGGUUCAUUGAUCCUCUUAUUUAAUCAGCCGUGCUAAUUUCUCAAAGCUAACAUGGCUGCAGGCUGCAAACAACUGGGUUAGUGAACCAGAACAGGAUCUAGGACCUGAUCCAAGACCUGAUCAAGGACUCGCACUCAGAAAUAUCUCUAAAUUCUCUCUCUCUCUGUGACUGAAACCACCCUUGUUUUAGAUUAGUUUAGUUAGAGGAGAUCUAUAUUGCUGAUUGGUAAAACAGAUCUCCUUUAUAAACAAAGAUCGAGACUGUAGAGCUGUGUAAAAAGUAACACCCACAAGCUUUAAGUAUCAUCACCAGGCUGUGUCGAUUUUUUAUAUCAGUGUUUAAAGCAGCUGGAACCAAGCGUUCCGGUUCAACAGACCCAGUUUAAGAUAAAUUAAUAGUUUUUAGAGCUGCUAAUCAUGCUAAGAUAUGUUCGAGGUGUCCUAGACUGACACAGUGAAAGGUAGAAAUAUAUAUCACAGAUCUCCUCUACAGUACCAUGUGUUAUAAAAUGCAGUGUCAGCCCAACGAUGCAGUUGUGCUGUUUGAAUAAACUUGAAUUAAAAAAAGAAGAGGCUCGUUGUUUAUGUAGAGUAUUUUACAGUGUGAGUAAAGAAAACAUUCAGAAUAACCAACACUGAGUUUCUGCAGAGCUUUAGAUUCAGAUUUGGCCUGUUAAGCUGGUUGUAUUUACAGUCACAUGUCGGCCGUACUCGUCCUGCUGUUCGCUCUGUCGUCAGCGCGAAUCGCUCCUGUUAAUUAUUGAUCCUUCAGAAUAAAGUGUGAAUGUGUGAAAAAAUAUCCAGUUUCAGAGUGACACUCGAUCACACAGCAGACGGCGAGUUCAGACGCCUGCUGUCACCUCACACUCGCACAGAGUCUUCAUGUAUUCUCACGCUGACGCAGAUCUGAGGUCAGGGUGUACCUGAGGGCUGAGACAAUAACGGAGACAUUUAUGAAAACUGGAUUAAAAACAGGAUCAACCAACAUCAUAAACAGAAAAAGACACAUAGAAAACACUUGAUUAACUUUGUUUUUACUCAUUUAUUAAAUAACAAAAGAAAACUUAGGAUAUGAUGCAGUCAGGGUUGUGUGAACUCCUGGAGGUACCCGUUCUUUUCACAGCAUCACCGUCUUCUCUCUGAGGGUUGACUCCUCUCAGUUUAAACCCCUUGGUGUAAAACAUCACUAUUGUUGCCAUGGUUACAUAGAGUCUAGCAGAAUGGAGGUGUGUGGGCUGUCAGCCAAUCAGAAAGCAGGGCUGAGAUUGUGCUUUUUUUUCAGGGUGAAGUUGAUUUAAAACAGACAUAAGAUCAGUUUAUUCAUGAUAUACUGACUCUCUUUCUCUUUCGUUCUCUCAUUUUCUUUGUCUCUCUCAGUGGCCAUGGCUCUCAGUCUCCUGAGCCCUCCCAACACAAAGCCAAGUCCAGUGCCAAAGCUCUCUACGGUGAGUCCUUGUAUUGUUCUGCUUUCUCGCUCUCUGUGCACACCAAACUCCAUUCACAAAAAUCAGCGAUUAAGACAUAUUUUGUUGUUGUCUUGGAAAAAUCUUAAAAUCAGACUUCCUGUAAAUCUGUUUCCUGAUACAGUUAGUUCAGCCUCAUUUCAGCCUGUUUAGUUUCACUAAAUCACAGACAGGACUGUUAUUUUGGCUUCCUGGCUUUGCAGUCAGACAGAUUUCAGCUGACGUACUGAAUUUCCUCCCUCCCAAAUGUGUCCUGUUGUAGUUUUGUUGUCGAUCAAUCAGCAGCUCCGAUUUGUGUUACUGUGUCAUGAGCCUCUAACAGGAUUCACACUCAGCUCAGCCAGCUCCUUACACCUGGUUGGCUGUUCUGCCACCCCUCCGGACCAAUCGGAGAGUAGACAGCCAGAGCAUUGUGACUGUGUUCCUGUUAGUGGAUGCAGGAAGAUGUCAGGACAUCCAUCUGUUAGGGGAACACUAGGCCGUGUUUGUGGUUGUUUUUAUCGUAUCUCAUUUAUUUUUCCAUCCACAUGACCAGGAUCAGAUGAAAUCUAUUUCCUGCGCUCGUCUUCCAAACAUAAAAAGAAAAGUAAAAGUAAGACGGGUGAACUCUGAGUGCAGUGUGUGUUUACAGCUUCUUUCUUUCACUUCUUUAAAGCAGAAACAUGAUCUUUAAACAACAAACUGGAUUUUGUUUAUUCUUUUACAGCUUGAUUCUGUUUUUUUCUAUUUUGGUUUGGCACUUUGAACACCCUGAACAGCCUGUUCUCAUGUUUAAAAUGUAAAAAAAUGCAUCCUGUCAAAUGUGCAGUUCCUCCAGUGUCCACUAGAGGUAUUUUCCAAGAGUGAGUCAGUCCCCAUAGAGCCCCAUGUUAAAAUGUCAAAUUUUUGCAGAAAUAAACAUGUUUACAUCCUGGUGCAAAAACGAGUUUUAAAAUGUAGAUCAUUAGUUAAUUCUUACACUCCGUUUGAGGAAAAAAAAACAUUUUAUAACAUUCACGUUGCCUUAUAGAUUAGCUUAGCAUGAUUAGCAUCUCAAAAUUUCCUUAUUAAUCUCAUACUGGUGUCUGUUGAAACCAUGAUUUCAGGCUUCAUUUCUGCGGCUUUUACCCUGAUACAAAGUUCGACACUGCUUUUCGUUUUAUUUACCCUCUUAAGUUCCUCGACUUCUCUCUGUGUGAAAGUCACAUGAUUGUUUUUCAGUUCUUUCAGGAAGUUUGUGCAGCAUUUCCUUGAGAUGGGAACAGGUUUCAGGAAAUGUUUGAGAAAUGUCAAAAAUGAGGAAUUUCCGUCUUGCACAAUGAUUUUUAAAAAGUGAAUAAGACUUCCUGAUUGGACAAGUGUGUGAUGAUGAUUGGACUUUGGUUUUGUAUAAAAAUUUAAUGUCAGAUUUUUUUGUUUCCCUCAGAACAAAGAAAAAAUUUCACCAAAACCAGCAUCAACAGCCUGACAGACACAUCGCAAUAUCAUGUGGAGGUGAGAAACCAACAAGCCCACAAUGAGGGCGGGGAUCAAAAACUGGUUCCAGAUCAGAACCAGCUAUAUGAUGCACCAACCAACUGUAAAAUCCACUCGCUCUGUGAGACUGUCAGCUUUCUGGCUACUUGGGUUUCUGACAUUCUGGAGCCUUUCUGAUUUGCAGAGACUGUCAAGUUACAAUACUUUAAAAUCAAAGAUAAUCUGCAAGGAUUAAUUUUAGAGAAAUAAUGUGAUUUCUACUGUCGUCUUUGUUAUAGUCUGCUGUCCAAUCAGAGGUUGUAUCUGUAAUCAGCUGACCUUUAAAGUACCAGUCAGGAGCCAAACUCCUCCUAUCUCGUCUCAGCAAAUUUAGUAUCAUCAUUCAGUGGUGUUUUAAUGUUGUACCUGGGAUGUCUCCUGUCUGAUGUUUAGCACCUGACCACCUUCGUGUUAGACCGUAAAGAUGGGAUGAUCACGGUGGACGAUGGAAUCCGUCGUCUCCGUCUGCUGGAUGCUAAAGGGAAAGUUUGGACUCAGGAGAUGCUGCUGCAGGUGGAGGAGAAGACGGUCAGCCUCAUCGACCAGGAGACAAAGGUCAGAGUCAUCUUCAUUUGACCAUUUGUAGUUUAUCUUCGUGAAAUCAUUGAAGCUAAAUCCUUAUCUCAACAAAAACAUACAUAUCGUUGAGUGUGUAAACCCUGAGUUUUGUCUUAAGGUUUCUUUUACGUUAUCUUUUUUUAGAAUGAGUUGGAGAACUUCCCAGUUGGGACAAUCCAGCACUGUCAGGCCGUGAUGAACGCCUGCAGCUACGACUCCAUCCUGGCUCUGGUGUGUAAAGACUCGGGGCAGACCAAACCGGACCUCCACCUCUUCCAGUGUGAUGACAUCAGGGUGAGCUGAUUCUGAUUGGUCCUUACAGUCCUGAAGGUCACAAAAAAAUUAUAUAAUCGUAAAUCUUAUCUAAAGGCUAAUUGUGAUUAGAAACAUUAAAAAAAAAAAGAUUUAUUGUAAAUUCUCAAGGACCGAGGAUAGAGCCCUGAGGUACACCUUUACUUAUUAAACACAGCGAUUUUAACCCUGAAGAUUUACUGAACAGACACUAAAUAUAAUAAAGAUAUUAAAGUUUAAAGUUGUAGGCUAGUUAUGAUUAGAAAUAUUGAAAAAAAAUUAGAUCUAUCAUAAAUUCUCAAAGAUCGAGGAUAGAGCCCUGAGGUACACCUUUACUUAUUUAACACAGUGAUUUUAACCCUGAAGAUUUACUGAACAGACACUAAAUAUAAUAAAGAUAUUAAAGUUUAAAGUUGUAGGCUAGUUAUGAUUAGAAAUAUUGAAAAAAAAUUAGAUUUAUCAUAAAUUCUCAAAGAUCGAGGAUAGAGCCCUGAGGUACACCUUUACUUAUUUAACACAGUGAUUUUAACCCUGAAGAUUUACUGAACAGACACUAAAUAUAAUAAAGAUUAAAGUUUGAAGUUUUAACUAUAUUUUUCUAUGUUUCGAUACAAAAAUAUAUUUAUUCGAUGUUUUCUUUCAGGCCAACCUGAUCCACGCCGACAUAGAAAGUGCCAUGAUCGAUGCCAAAGGAGGCAAAGUGAAGAAACGACCAGAAGCGCUAAAGUAAGAGCCAGUCAUCAAUCACACCUGAUGGUUCAAUUACCAUGCUGAAAGCUGAUUGGCUGGCCCUUCUCUCUGUUUACAGGAUGAUACUAAAGAGCGACGGGAUCAUCCCUCCUCCUCCCGCUGCUCCCGCCCCUGAACCACCAAUGUCGUCCAAUCAGAUGGACGUAAAGAGUCGAGCAGCCGCCUGGUCAGCCUGGACCAAUGAGCAGCAAGACUGUGAGUGAUGUCACAUUACGGAGGAACGCACAAAAGUUAAAACAUUUUAGGUUUUUUAAAUCAUUGAUUAUUGAUUGGUUUUCUGUCUGCAGAUGAGAAGCAGAGGCAGCUGUCUUUAGAGGACGGGCCCGUGGAGAUGACGGCGGCCCGAGUGGACCGAGACGUGGUGAGUUUAAACAGAUCUGAGAGCAGCUGGUGGAGGUCGCUUGAGUUUACAGGACAAUAGAAAGGAGAUUUAAGCUGAUUGAAGAAUGCAGGUUUUAUUUGGAUGUAAUCAGAGUCUCCCAGCUUUGAGGAAAAAUCCCCUUACAUAAGGAAAAAGUUCAGAUAUGAGCGCCGUGGAAAAACUGACCUCUGAUCUGUUUGUUCAGGUUUAAUCAUUAAAGUCAGGGAAUAAUUUUAAACCGCACUCAGACAAUAAAACCUUUUAAAUACACACUCAAAAAAGGCUUUUACUUUUUUGUUUUUUUUAACAGCAAAUCCUCAACCACAUCCUAGACGACAUCGAGUUCUUCGUCACCAAACUGCAGAAAGCAGCCGAGGCGUUCACGGAGCUGAGCAAGAGGAAGAAGAACAAGAAGGGGAAGAAGAAGGGGCCGGGAGGUGAGCCAUGACACCCGAACUAGACCUGAACUAGACCCGAACUAGACCUAAACUAGACCUGGACUAGACCUGGACUAGAAAAGAUCAGUGCGAUGGUUCAAAGUGAGUUAGAAAUGACAAAUCAGAAGUUGAUACAGAUGAACUCGGGUCACCAAGAGAAGUGGGGUUUAGUCUGUCUGAGGAGGCUGUGUUCUGGUUUUUGUCCACCAGAGGGCGUCCUGACUCUGCGCUCCAAACCCCCUGGUGAGGAAGAGUUUGUGGACUGUCUGCAGAAAUUCAAACACGCCUUUAACCAGCUGGUACGAGAAACUCCAUCACCUUUACCUUUAAAUAAUGUAUUUUAUUCUAUUUUUAUUUUAUUUUAUUGAUAAAUCCUCCCUUUUGAACUCUGACCUGCAGGGGAAACUGAGGGAUCACAUCCAGAACCCAAGUGCCGUGGAUCUGCUUCACUUCCUCUUCACUCCUCUUAAGAUGGUGAUCCAGGCAUCAGGCAGCGUGGAUCUGGCCCGCAGCAUCGUGGUUCCUCUGCUGACCAGAGAGGCCAUUGACUUCCUGCACGGCGCAGGGACAGCAGAGGAGAGGCACCUGUGGGUCGCCCUGGGAGACGGAUGGACCAAAUGCAGGUGAGACAACACUUUGAAGGUUGAACAGCGGUUUCCUCGUCCACUCAGGCUGCAGAAUCUGAGUAUCAUCAUGUUUCUCUGCAGGUUGGAGUGGCCCAAAGAUCACUACUUCCCUCCCUGUGUGCUUAAGUUUCGGGACGGCUGGGAGCCUCCGCUGCUCCCGGCGCCGGCGCCAUCCAGAGAGGAGCUGAACCAGCUCGCCGAGAGUCUCGCCAACGCAGAGAUCCAGAGACACGAAGAACUAAGGGCCCGACUGAACCAGGAGGUCUGGACCUGAACUCUUUUCUGUUAUCGUCAUGUUUCAAACCACCAGCUCCUCUCUAACGUUUGACGCUCUGUUUGUUUGCGCAGCCGACGGUGGUGCAGACGGUUCCUCCUGCAGACGGGUACGCCUUCAACCCCUCCUACAAACGCUUACACCUCCUGGAUCAGGACACCGCCGUGGCUGCUUUUAAACACGCCAUCAGCCGCCGUGUUGACCGGUAACCCUGAGGUCACAUGACGCCCUGGAGAACUGAUCCCAACGCUCUGAGAUUCACUAAAAAACGAACCUGCAGAGGAGGAAACAUGACUUACUGAUCAAAACAUCAAAACAUAAAUAAAUAUAGAAAAUAAUUUUUUUUAAGUUGUAACUGGCUACAAACAAAAAUGGAGAAAAAUGCUGAAAAGUUUUUAUGUUUAUUGUAUUUAUUCAUGUUUUGAUGAUUUAAUGUGUGAAUAAGUCGUUUUUCUGACUCCAUGUUACCCCUCUCUGAUCUGGUUUCACUUCUUUUCCUGAUUAUUUCUGGAAAUCUCUUUUUUUAUUCUGGGUGAUUCAAUAAUCUGCAGUUUAACAUAAACAUCUGACAGAACUAAUCUGAACUAAACAAACUUAUUUCUGAUAUUUCCGUCUUACUCUGUUUUGAUUUCUCCUUUCAUUUGGUCUCUUUUUUUUCCUCUAAAUCUAAAAUUCUCAGUGUGAAAUCUUUCUGACUUUAACUUGAACAGAGUUGGGACGCUUCUCCUCGGCUUUGACGUCAAAUUGAGUCAAUGUUUCAUGGCCCCAAACCCUCAUUAUUCAUUAUCCUGGUCCUGUUAUCAAAUAAGUAAACAUUUUUUCACCGUGUGUGUUUGUGCUGUGAAAACCACCACCACUAUCCACAGAGACAUUUCAGAUCCACUGUUUGUACGACGCGUUUCCCUGAGAUUAGUCGUUAUUUAUCCAUCAUUUCUGAUGUUGCGAUCGGUGGAUUUUAUUGCAGGAGUUUUGACGCUGACAGCAGAAGCCAACAGACUCUGUUUGCCAAAUCUAAAUACGACUUUGUGGCGAGAAACAACACGGAGCUGUCCGUGCUCAAAGAUGAAGUCGUCGAGGUAAAACUUUAUUCCACACACCUAACCUGAACAUGGAGAAUAUUCCAAAAUCUGCAAAAUGAUAAUGUGAUGUUUAACCCCUGACUCUCGUCUGUAAGGUUCUGGACGACAGGAAGCAGUGGUGGAAGGUCCGUAACGGCGGUGGAGCGUCGGGCUACGUGCCAAACAACAUCCUGGAGAUCACCAAAGCCGUGGACAUGACGGGGAGAGGAGAGCCGAUUUACAGCCACACCAUCCAGGUAACUCACCUGAGGGGCGGGAUUACCUGAAGGUCUGAUUUUAAAACAGUCUGUUAGUUUAAUUUCCUCUGUCUCAUCUUCAUCCGUGUUUUUUAUCUCUAACUUUAAAAGCUUAUGAUGCCAAAGAAAGAGUUUGAGUUGUUUAAGGUAUGGCCAGACGAGACGAGUGUUUCCAGAAGUUUCCUCUGUAGUUUUUUAUUUCUACAGACUCCUGAGUGUUUGCUGUGAUUUUUUUUAAAAGGAACAGUCUCACAUUUAGGAUUUUUAUAAACCCAGAGAUUAAAAAACAGGUCAAAAAGAUAAAAUAAGAGGUGAAAAAUUACAGUGAAUCCUAGAAAAAAAGCAAAGUUUAAAAAAAGAAACCGAAUCUCAGGGGGGCUUAGAAACAACAAAAAGUCAAGAGGGGUUCAAUUCAGGGGCGGCACAGUGGUGUAGUGGUCCUGGGUUUGAAUCUUGGUCAGGGAGUUUCUGUGUGGAGUUUGCAUGUUCUCCCUGUGUCUGCGUGGGUUUACUCCAGUUUCCUCCCACAUCCCAAAAACAUGCAGAAUUGGGGUUAGGUUAAUUGGUCUCUCUCAAAUUGCCCAUAGGUGUGAAUCUGAGCGUGGAUGGUUGUUCGUCUCUAUAUGUCAGCCCUGCAGUGAACUGGGAAUGGGAACAAGUGGUAGAAAAUGGAUGGAUGGGGUUCAGUUCCCUGGCUCCAAAGUCCCAACAAAAAGCCUUAAAACAGCUUUGAACUGAGACAAAAUGAAAGCUCAAAACCGAGACAGAACAAAGUCCAAAAGAAGCUGACAAAUAAGUGAGGAAUGAAAACUUAAAUAAAGCUGUAAAAGGUCAAAACUAUUUCUAAAAGAGAUUCAAGGAAAGUCGACAAAAAAUUAGAGAAGAAGUCAAAAUAGAAGCUAAUCUAAAUGAGAUCUAAAAGUUUACUCAGAGGCUCAAAAAUCAAGUGAGAAAAGAGUUUCCAAAAAUCUUGGCGGACUUUUUUUCCGGUCAGACCUAGCACAGUUUUUUAGUGCUCGACUUUCAGCACCUUUCUACGCUCAUCUGUUUCUCUUCUUGACCCAAAAGAGGCUUAAAAACCAUCAAUUAGCAGUCCGUAAGAGAGGCAUACAAGCAUGUUUUGACCUGAUGUCAGACUGUUCCUUUAAAUGAUUUCCCUGAACUCACCUCACUUUUAUUACAGUACUGUACCCUCAGUAGGUCUUUUAGAUGUUCCUGCAGUGAGUUUGUGGUGCUGUUACACACAUUGUUUGUUUAUUUCCAUCUUCACCUUCAUGUCCUAUGUUUCAUUUCAUGAUUUCAGCAAUUACUGGGAGAGUUAAACGAGGUAAAAACAUUCAGAAAACACAGAUUACAGUGUGGAGAGUGUAGAGUUUAGGAUUAUGAUUUAUUUUCUGUCCAUAAACUUGAGAAGUACCAAAAUAAAAAGUCUCUUCUCUGUUUUAGAAGCAGACAUCCAGGUCUGACCUCAUCUCCGGUAAACCUGCAGCCACUCCCAUGCCUCCAGCCCCCACGCCGCCACCUCCAGCUCAAAACAGGCUCCCCACGCCUCCGCUGCCCCCUCCUGCAGAGCCUCCUAAAAUGGCCGCCAGCAGCAGCACCGUCAGCCGGCAGAACAGCAGCACUUCCAGCGACAACGGCAGCAUCGCUAUGAGAGAGCACAACAACCAGAGAGCUGCAAACGCCAACCGUAAGUCCAGAGUUCUGCAACAUCUGAGUCUGCAAUUUUAUUUAUGAUAAUAUGACACAACGAUCAUGACCACGUGGCGCCCCCUGCAGGCAGGAAGUCCAACAUGGAGGAGGUUCAGGACGAGCUGAUGCACAGGCUGACUCUGGGUCGCAGCGCUCAGAAGAAGUUUCAGGUUCCUUCUCGCUGCAACAGCAUGCCGUCCGUCAGCAUCACCUACGACUCGUCACCUGACCACGUGAGGGCGUGGUUAGAGGCCAAAGGCUUCAGCCCAGUGUGAGUCGAGGUCUUUGUUGAUGAAUGUGUUGAAUUAAUAUAAUAAAGACCUGAACUAAAAGGCCUGAUUCUCUGUUCUCGAUGCAGCACCAUCACCAGUCUGGGCGUCCUGACCGGAGCUCAGCUGUUUUCUCUCAACAAAGAGGAGCUGAAGACCGUCUGUCCCGACGACGGCGCUCGAGUCUUCAGCCAGGUCACCGUGCAGAAGGCCGCGCUGGAGGUGGGUCAAAGGUCAAACACGAUGUCACAGAUAAUAAAUGAGAUUUUUUAUCAUGACGUCAGGUCUGAAAUGGGACAGUUUUAGAGGGGAACCAGAACAUUCUGAGAAAAAUAUUAGAUCAUAUUUGUCGACAGCUCAGUAACUAAAUUAAAGGACUUAUUCCUCCACAAAUACUGAGUUAAAGGAAAGUUUUUAUGAGUUUAAGAGCCGAAGAAUCAAUGUGUUAACAGUUAAUGAUUAUUGUCAGUUAUAAGUUAACUUGACUGACUGUACACAGUUAAACUUGAGUUCACAUAUUUGAGUCCAGACAGACACGAAUUUGGUUUUAUUUUAUCCAAUUUAGUGUAUGAGACACACUUUAAAAACCUUUCUUUUAAUGCAGAGAGGAAUUUUGUUGAGAUGUUACCCUGUGAUGUAAAGUUUACCCUCAGGGGUCCUUAAAAAAGUUACGUUUAGGUCCUUAGAUGGACAAAAAUGUCCAUCUCCUAAAAGUACUAUAAAAAUAUUAUACAUUCAUAUUUUUUUCCACUUUUUUUGCUUAAAUCUUUUAAUCAACUUUAUUACUGAUCAUAUCUAUCAAAUAUGUAUUUAUUUUCAGAAUUUUAACCCUUUAAAUCCCAGUGUGAUUACAUGAUGUCACUGUUAUUUUUAAUGGGAAAUAAAGGAAUUUGGAGUUAUUUUCCAUAUACUAGUUGCUGAGCAGGAUUUUUUUUUUUUUUUUUUAUCAAGGUCUAAAAUGUGUCCUUAUAUGUGAUAGUAAACAAGAAAUUCCUGCUCAGCAUCUAAUAUAUGGAAAAAAACUCCAAAUUCCUUUAUUUCCCAUUAAAAAUAACAGUGAUAUCAUGUAAUCACACUGGGAUUUAAAGGGUUAAAAUCUUGAAAAUGAAUAAAUAUUUGAUAGAUGCGAUCAGGAAUGAAGUUGAUUAAAAGAUUUAAGAAAAAAAGUGGAAAAAAUAUGAAUGUAUAAUCCUUUAUAGUACUUUAAGGAGAUGGACAUUUUUGUCCACUAAGGACCUAAACGUUAAGUGUUUUUGUCACACAGUGAACAAUGACCUGAUAUAAUAAUAGGUGGUCAAGUUUUAAAAUUUGGAAAGAAGAAAAAAAAAACCUGAAAAAAAUCAUCCCAUUUACAUGAACACAGCCAAAAUGAUCAACAAAUGAAAGGUAAAAAGUCACCAAAAAUGGACAAAAAUGUCAGAAGAGGGUCAAACGGUAAUCAGUGCGUUCACAAACUCUUACAGUAACCUGAGCUCUAAAGGCAGGAGGUUAAAGGCUUGAGCUGCUGUGUCAAUAGUAGCACCCCUGCCUGCUGGUGAAGCAGCUCUCGAAGGGAAUGACACUCUCUCUCACCUAAAACACUCCUUUGAAUCAUCAGCUUCUUCUCACCUGCGCUUCACUUAGUGCUGAGAUCGUGCACCGCUUAACUAGCAAAAGGCGGUCCAACAUGCCCUGAUGUACUCUGCACCACGCUCUUUAGUUCAUUGGUCAGAGAUUUCUUAGACAGGGCCCUUUGUGCAUCUCCAGGACUUAGUCUAGACCUCAGAGUCCAGGUCUGGUUGAUCUGGUUAGUCUUUUCUGUCUUUAAGCUUUUUAUCUCCAAACUCUGGCAAGGUCUGGUGUGUGGUGUCUAUCUCCACCUGCAGGUUUUCUUCUGACGCUUCUUGAUCUUCUGAAUCUGAGUCAUUCUUUAAGGUAUUGUGUACACAGACGGAUAAGCUCCCGUUCAGCUUCGCUCUGUCGGCCAGAAUUGAUCCGAAGAUUUCGCCCACAAAGCCCCGACAUUAAAAUCUCUGUAUCACCUUUUCCCCCAUGAAUCAAAAUCACAAACUCUGGCCGUCAGAACGAAGCUCUGGACGUUUCAUGUGUAGCAACAUUUUAAGGUAGCGCCAGUAUUUGUCAUCCUGCUGUGGCUGAACUGUCAGUCCUCCUUAAACCCCUGAAUGAGCCCGCCCCUCAGCCUCACCUGUUACCCUCUGACUCCGCCCCCAACCUGUAGAGACCAGGAAGUCAACCUAUUGUUGUGUGGAAACAGAUCUGAGGAGACAAACUUGUGUCCUGUGUGCUAGCUUGGCAUUUGUUAGCGUCCAGAUAAUGAUCCUGACGUGGCCGAGACUCUAAAAACAUCUAAAACAAAAAAGUUAGUGAAAUGGAGAAACUUUUUUUUACAACCUGGUAUUUGUUUUUGUAGUUUUUUUUCUUAUCAUUACAAAGAGUUUUACCCGAAACUAUUGACUGUUUGUUCAAAUCUAUCUCAAAAGAAGUUAAACAGUCAAACGUUAAACAGGUGAUUUAACUGUAAACUGAAAAUAGUUCCUACAGCUACAAAAAAAAAAAAAAACAAGUCCAGCUUGUAGAAAAAAAGUUCCUUCAUUUUGUCUCCGGUAAGUAUUUGAUAUCUAAAAGUUUUUUUCCUGCUCUGUUGUGACGGUUUAAAGAAAAACGUGAAAAAGAGAAAAGCGAAUGCUAAUCACUUCAGUGUUUUUAAAAAGUGAUGAAAUCUUUGACGUGCUCAUUUGCAUAUUUAAUUUUUUUUUAAGUCGGGUGUUUCGUUUUUGUUAAUUUUAUUCAACCUUCACUAAAUUAUAAUGUAUCACUGGUAAGUAAAAAUCUGAGAUUUGUCCGGAUGACAGUCAGGUGGAGAUCUCUGAUUUACCUGAAGAGGAAGAUGAUGAACUUUUCACCUUUAACUGGUCGCACAAAGACUUAGAACCAGGAACAUUUACACUAAUAAAUGAAAUUUCUCUAAUAAGGAGAAGGAGUUAUUUUUUAUUAUUAAUAAAACAUGAAUGAGAAACUGAGAAAUAGAUACAAAAUAUACAGAAAUGAAAAUUAAAAUGAACUCAUAAAUUAAAGUAAAUGUUUCGUCGUCCUUCUAGAAAGACCUAAAGGUCAAACAGAAAAACGUUUGAUUCAUUUUUGGCUUUUCAACAUUUGUAUGAAUUCGGGUCAGGUUCUUAUAAUUCUGACCUGAAGUCUGGACUUGAAAAGAAACGUCAGAAUUCUGCCUUUUUCCUUCUUAAUGUGGACUUUUAUUUCGAAUUAUGUUUGUUUGUUUUUUGUUAAAAUUGUGAGUAUGAUCUGGAAUUCUGACCUUUUUCCUUUUGAAAUUUGGCUCAAAUUGUAAAUCCUGCUUUUAAUUUCAUAAUUUUCACUUUGAUUUCACCAGGUUUAUCAAUCUAGAAUUCUCAUUCUACCCCAGUCUGAGAAAAUUACUCUGAAUUCUAAUUUUUCUGUGUUGAAUUCCUACAUUCAAAGGCAGAAUUCAGGAUUACUCUGUUCUAGUUUAAGUCUAUUUUUUGUUUAUUAUUUAUUGAAAUAUUUGUUUUGGGUUCUUUGUUUCUGAUUUGUUCUCUUUACUGAUUCUGUCUCUACCUCAGUUUAAUCAAAUUCAGUCUUUGUGCGACCAGUUUUCAAAAGCUUUUAAAGAACUCAGUUUCCCAGCAUGCCCCCUGACUCUACCUGCUGACUCAUACUGUAGGUGUUUAACGCUCAUGCUCUUUGCAGUUCGCAGCAGCUCUCUCUAAAGGCUUCCUGAGUGUUUUUGGACAAACUCAGCAGAGAAGCUCUGUAGAUUUUUGCUUCAGAUGCACAGUCGCUGUAAAAGCAGAGAAGUUGUGAUUUCCAUUUUCUGUUGGUGUUGUUGGUCUAAUUUGUUGUCGUUUCUGCCUCUCUGCUCUUCCUUUCUUUCUUUCAUUGGGUCACCAGAGGAGUUCAGGCUCUGAGCUCCAGGAGAUCAUGAGGAGGCGGCAGGAGAAACUGGCAGCCAGCACCUGUGAUUCAGGGGUGGAGUCUUUCGAUGAGGGCAGCGCCCACUGAGCUUCCUCCCUCCCUCAUUCCCUCACUCCCUUCCUUCCUUUCCUCCUCCCCUUUUUUACAUUUAACUUUUCAAACUGCAGCUUGCCGUUUUCUCGCCAUCUUCAUCCUCAGGCGGCGGCCACCUACGCCGAGUUUGUAAAGAUCAUGCGGCGCAGGCAGGAACUCCUCAGCUCGUCUCCAUAGGACAAUGAAACGACCACAAACCUUCUGACUGUUGAACACAGGUUGAUCACUCUGCCAUGUUUGCCUGAAGCUCACAUGAACACUUUUGGGAGUCUUGGAGGUGUUUUCUUCUUCUUCUUCUUUGGAGGAGUUUGGUUGGCGUCGGUGAAAGUGAAGAAGCUGCUCAGAGGCUCAUCUUCCAAAUCAAACCUCUCAGUAUUAAAUGUGUCAGCAGAAGAACCGACUGGAAGUUCGCUUCAGUUUGUGCCUCAGAUGUUUUAUUACAACAGAGACGAGAAACUUUCGAAAGUUUUUCUGACCUACGACACUAAAAACACUUUCUGUUCUAAACUUGAACAGAUUAGAAUAAAAUAUGCUGUUCAGAAAGUAGUUUGUCAGCGCAAGAUAACUUUUAUAAAAUCAUGCCAACAGUCGAAACUAUCAAAUUUCUACAAAGUGCCCUGAAGUCUAAAGCUAGUAUGGAAGUUAUCUUGCACCCUAAGGUUUGGAUAAUAUUGUACAUACAACGGGUAAUAUCUUGUUUAUUGCAGAGUACUUUCAAAAACAAGAUUAUCUAUUCAAUAUGUAAAAAAUACUCUAUUGUAUCUUGUUUCCACUACAAAAUGGUUUAAAGGAAAACAUUAUUGAUGAAAUUACUGCUAAGUCCAAAAUACUGGUAAAGCACUAUCUUGUCAGAAAAGGUUAUUAUGGAUAUUAUCUUGCGCAGAGUACUUAAACAUUAUUUGUCAUAUAGCGAAAAGGUGAUACUGCCCCUUUAAACAAAGUUUCUUUGAAGAUCUUGCACCCUUAACAUACAAGAGAUCUUGUUUUAUCAAAAAAGAAAUUACUACUUUGUUCCAACAAGAUAGUAUUUUCAAAAACAAGAUUAUCUGUUCAUUAUGUAAAAAAUACUCUAUUGUAUCUUGUUUCUACUACAAAAUGGUUUGAAAGUAAAGCAUUCUUGAUUAAAUUACUGAUAAAUUUAAAAUACUGGUAAAGUUUUAUCUUGUCAGGAAAAGUUAUUAUGGACAUUAUCUUGCGCAGAGUACUUAAACAACAUUAUUUGUCAUAUAGCGAAGAGUUAAAACUGUCCCUUCCAACAAAGUUUCUUGAAGUGCAACGUUUCUUUGAAGAUCUUGCACCCUUAACAUACAAGAGAUCUUGUUUUAUCAAAAUAAAAAUUACUAAAAAUUACUGUCCCAACAAGAUUGUAUUCUCAAAAACAAGAUUAUCUAUUCAGUAUGUAAAAACUACUCUGUAGUAUCCUGUUUCUACUACAAAAUAGUUUGAAAUUAAAGCAUUACCAAUAAAGCUAAAUUCAAAAUAUAUCAUGCAGUUAUGCAUUAUCUUGUCAGGAAGAGUUAAUAUGGACAUUAUCUUGCGCAGAAUACUUGAACAACAUGAUUUGUCAUAGAGUGAAGACUAUUCUUUCCGACAAAGUUUCUUGAAGUGCAAAGUUUCUUUGAAGUGUAUCUUGCACGAGUAAACUUACUACCCUGUUCGAGCAAGAUAGUGUUUUCAAAAACAAGAUAUUACCUUUUGUGUUCAUGGUAGGUUUAAGACAAUCCUGUGUGAUUUUUUUUUUUUUAACAAGUAGUAAGUCAUGACAUCUUGCAAGAUCAAGAUUUUAGCAUGACAAGGUAUCCUUUUAAGUCCACAAGAUAUAGUAUCGGCUAUCUUACUCCCACAAGAUAUUUGAUAUAUUCUCUUUACAGAAUACUUGUGCAAAUCAAGAUACCUUUGUGUAAGAGUGACAACAACAAGACAAGAUUUAGGGUGCAUAUCCUUAAGGGAUUCAAUCUUGCUCUUGGAAGAUCAAAAUUCGCUUUCACAAGAGAGAGAAUUUGGAGCGCACUGAUCUGACUUAGUGAGACAUUAUUUCACUAAACAAUCCAGGCUAUCUUAUGAGAACAAGAUACUUUAUGUGUACAAUAAUGUUGGCUAAUAACUGAAGGGAGAGUUCAGGGGUUAAAUAUUCCAGAAAAACUCUGAUCGGCUCGUAAUGGAAAUAAAGAGGCACAAACUGCAGCUGUUAGCCGACUGUUUAAAGUAUGUAAAAUAAAAGAAAGUAAAUGUUGAACGUUAUUAUUGUUGAAGGAAAUACACUGGGACUGAUUUAACUGUUAUACAGACUGUUGGCCAAGAGAAUCGCAGGACUUAUAAUAAAUCAUCUUUUUUACUCUAGAGUUACAUGAAAGUUUAAAUGACAUUAUUCAUAGAGCUGAUCGACUUAAAAGUAAAAUAUGUGAAAAUCUUUUUCUUGAAAUGCACAGUAACUUAUAACAACAUCUAAUUUAUGUACUUAAUGUGAUUUAGAGUUAGUCACAGAGUAACAAACAGAUUUAUUAGAUCUGCUAAUCAGCUUUUUUUGCACAAUAAAUGAUGAAAAUAUGAAUGUUUCUCUGCUGGAUGCAGAACGAGAAUCAAACUUUAGAAUUAAUCAGAGUUUAUUUGUUGGCUGAUGAAUUAUCUUAAAACGGCUGAUUGUACGACUUAGUAAGAAGUCAAAUGUCCAAACACUGAAGUGAAGGUAGACUUGAAUUAAACACGAUGAAUGUCUUUAAUUUAGGCUCCGCCCACAACGACAGGAAGCCUUGUGUGUUUGAUUACAAAUAUGUCUGAAUGGUCCAACUUUCAUCAACACCGAACGGGAUUUUUCUUCCAUUUAUUCAUAUAUUUAUGUUUGCCAUUACUUUGAAAAGUCGACUGCAAAAUUAUUCAAGGGCUGAACCAGGUACAAAGAUAAUUUUCAGAUCCAACCCUCAGAGAUGUAAUUACCAGGAAAAGAUGUAUGUGCAUUUGCUUUAUGAAUUACUGCAGCCAGUGAAUAUGUUGAAUAGUAACAGGGUAUGACAUGACUCUUUUUUUCAUUGUACUCUGAAUUAUAUUUGAUUUAACUCUUUAUAACACCAGAAACUUUACCUCUCUUAGUCUAAUAUUUCACUUUUUGUUUUUCACAUGACCUUUAUUUGUCCGUGCUGGUCACGAACUGCCUAUUACCAUAACUUCAAAUAUCUGCUUUAUUUCAGGAUUUACUGCAAACUCUUCAUCUGUUAAACUUGCACCGUCAAAAACAAACAUCAGCAAGCAAAAAAAAAUGUCUACAGGAGCACAAACUGAUCGCACUACAGCUGUUUCCGUUUCAAUCAGCCUGAAAGCACCAAACUGGAGAAAUGUCCAAUAAAACACAGAAACAUGUUUGUACAUAGAUGCUUAUAAGAAUAGAGGAUGUACAAAAAUCAGUCGGUACAUUAUUUACUCACUGUGGCAUUGAUUGUAUUGAUUAUGUUUCCUCUGAUGCACUUAAAUGUUUCUCUUUGAGUGUAAAAGGAAUAAAGAAAGAGGUCGUAGCGAAACACUGUAUUUACACUAAUGAUUUAAGCUGAAGUAGUUCGCUGUUAAAGAGAAAAAUUACAUGUAUUUAGUGAACUGUUCAUGUAUUCAAACGGUUCAAGAGCCAAUCAGAGAAGUGUUAGCGAGAAGUCACUACAGAAAAGCAUUUGUACGUGUAUAGUUUUCAUGGUGCCUUUUCCAUUAAAAAUUUGCCCAUUCUGCAAUAAAAAAUUUACAGAAAUUAAACCAGU